AUGUUUGAGCCUGAAGAGCCUGAGAGCUACAAUGAGAACAAGAUGUGGUAUGCCCAGCUGGUAGGUCCAUCGCUGACGGAGUAUGGAAGCCAAAAGUGGCGAGCUGCUGUCGCAACACCGAGUGGAAUUCUCGCUUGCCCCCCCUGGAACGCGAGCCACGUUCUUCGGAUUGAUCCACGAGAGCCCCAGCAGAUCGAUGUGCAGAUUGUAGGUGCUGACUUGGGCAGUGGUGUGGGGAAAUGGAGGUCUGGAGUGUUUGGUGCGGACGGAAAUAUCUAUUGCCCUCCUUGGUUCGCUUCCCAUGUUCUGCGCAUUGAUCCAUUUGUCGGCACUUCAGAGCUUAUCGGCCCUGAAUUUGUGAUGCCAGAUCCCCUUGAGCUAGCCAAGGAGUUUGGUGAUAGUAUUGGACUGGGAGAUGGCGAAGCAGAUGACGAGCGCUGGGGGAAGUGGAUGGAUGGAGUUCUAAGCCCUGCUGGAAUCCUGUACUGUCAACCAUGGUGUUCCAAUCGCAUCUUGCGGGUCAAUACCAACACAGGGGAAGUCGACCUGAUUGGCCCAGACUUGGGCUGGGGGCCCGACAAGUACCGAGCAGCCAUUGUUGCAACCGACGGGGCAGUUUAUUGCCCUCCGCAUUCUGCCAGUCAUGUUCUGAGAAUAGACCUCUCCACCGGAGCCAUCAGCUUUAUAGGGCCCGACUACGGCAAGAGAAGGGGGAAGUGGUGGACUGGAGCAAUGAGUCUUGUGAACACCAUUUUAUGCCCUCCACAUUCUGCUGGACAGGUGCUUCAAAUUGAUGUCUUCCAGCAGAGAUGUUCCCUUGUGGGUCGAGACUUUGGUGAAGAUGAGGCCAAGUACCGUGCCAUCGUUCAAAGUAACGAUGGCUGUUUCUAUGGACCUCCGUGCAAUGCACCACAGGUCAUUUGCAUUGAUCCCAUUGCACCAGAUGCAGAUUUCAUAGGUCCAGACUUCUGUGCCGGCGGAUUCAAGUGGGUCACUGCCGGCUUGGGCGAAGAUGGCUGUGUCUACAGUCCACCAUGGCUGGCACACAAGGCUCUCCGGAUCGAUGUACCAAAUCGCUGGGCGAGACAAAUCGGCAAGAAUCAUGGAUGGGGAGGAGGGAAAUGGGAAGCCAUGUACGCUCAUGAGGAUGGCUUCUUCUAUUGUCCCCCUCUUUGCGCCACUGAUACGCUGAGUCUUGACACGGCCAUCGGGACAACAGAGUUGCUGGCACCUGAACUGGGCAAAACCGCCAAAAAGUGGCGGUGUGCUACAAGAUCUUGUAGAGGAGACCUUUUUUGUCCUCCUUUUGGACAUGAAAAGGUCUUGAGGCUCACCUUCAAGAGUUUGCAACUUGACAGUCGUUUCGGCCUCAAGAUUUGUUUCCAUUGGCACACUUGA